AUGACACCGGAACACGAAGACGAAAAUGAAAGCAUGGUUUUCCUGGUCGGGGCAGUGACGAUUCCGCUUUUUGGAGCCGCAAUUGACAAAGUGGGCCGAAAUCUUAUCUGGAUGUUGACCGGACUGUUUCUCUCUUUAGCCAGUCACCUUUUACUGACAUUCACAUUUGUAGAACCAUAUGCAUGCACGGUUUUAUUGGGACUCGGUUAUUCACUGGUUGUGACCACUUGGCAGCCGCUUGUGACGUAUGUUAUAGCGCCCAAUCAUCUUGGAACCGCAUUUGGCAUUGCGUUUACAAUAAACUCAGCGUGUCAGGCCGUGAACGCCUAUAUUACAGGCUACAUUGUAGAUAACAUGGGAUAUUUUGUGCUGGAGGUCUUCUUCAUUAUGUGCACCACUUGCUCGAUAUUAUUCACCUUAUUGCUGUAUUUGAAAGACGCAUCUUCAGCCCUGAUGCGUGAUCCGGGCUCUACUGGAAUGAAAUGGGGCUCUACCGGGAUGAACCGGGGCUCCACUGGGGACGACCGGGAUUAA